GAUGCAACCGCCUGCUCAGGAGCUCGUUGCUAAAGAUAUUCAUGAGAGUUCGUGGACUUUCAGACAUAUUUAUCGAGGUCAACCAAAAAGGCAUCUGCUAACUACAGGCUGGAGCGUGUUCGUUAGCACGAAAAGGCUCUUCGCUGGUGAUUCUGUUCUCUUUAUAAGAGAUGGAAAAUCGCAACUUCUCCUGGGUAUAAGGCAUGCAAAUAGACAACAGCCCGCUCUUUCUUCAUCCGUUAUUUCAAGUGACAGUAUGCAUAUCGGGAUUCUUGCCGCUGCAGCUCACGCUGCCACUAAUAACAGUCCGUUCACAAUAUUUUAUAAUCCGAGGUUGUUUCUACAUACCUUUUUUAAAAUCCCUAAACCUCCUUUCCCUUAA